GACAACUGACGGGCGGACGGACGGGCGGCUGUGUGUCUGUGUGUGUGCCUGUCUGUGUGUGUGCCUGUCUGUGUGUGUGCCUGUCUGUGUGUGUGCCUGUCUGCUUGUCUGUCUGUCUGUGUGUCUGUGUGUUUGCCUGCCCGCCCGCCGCCUGCCCGCGGUGGGUACGAGGCGCGGCGUGGGAACGCCAUGGGGGAGACGGGCGCCGGGCGAGGUGCGGGGCGCGCUCUGGGCGCCCUCCUGCCGCGCGCCGCCCGCCGCCUCCCUGAGGGGCGCCCGCGUCCCCCGCAGCAUCACCCGCACCCCCCCCCCCCCGCCCCCGCCGCCGCCGCCAUGAAGCGGGUGCACCCCGAGUACAGCUCGUCCGACAGCGAGGAGCUGGACGAGGCCGUCGAGGUGGAGAAGGAGAGCGCGGACGAGAACGGGAACCUGAGCUCGGCCGCCGGCUCCAUGUCUCCCUCCACCACCUCGCAGAUCCUGGCCAGGAAGAGGCGCCGAGGGAUCAUUGAGAAACGCCGCCGCGAUCGCAUCAACAACAGCCUGUCCGAGCUGAGGAGGCUGGUGCCCAGCGCCUUUGAGAAGCAGGGAUCAGCCAAGCUGGAAAAAGCAGAGAUUCUGCAGAUGACUGUCGAUCAUCUGAAAAUGCUGCAUACAGCAGGAGGGAAAGGUUAUUUUGAUGCCCAUGCUUUGGCUAUGGAUUAUCGGAGCCUAGGGUUUCGAGAGUGCCUGGCUGAAGUUGCUCGGUACCUCAGUAUUAUAGAGGGUCUGGAUGCCUCUGACCCUCUGCGAGUCCGACUGGUGUCUCAUCUCAAUAACUAUGCCUCUCAACGGGAAGCAGCAAGUAGUGCACACACUGGCAUUGGACACAUUCCUUGGGGCAGUGCCUUUGGACAUCACCCUCACAUAUCUCACCCGCUGCUGCUGGCUCAAAACGGGCACGGUAACACCAGUACUACAGCAUCUUCCACAGAACCACAUCACCAGACCAGAAUUGCCGCCCCACAUGGUGAAACUUCCUCACUCAGAGUGCCCCCAAAUGGCAGCGUUGGACCAGUGCUCCCCGUGGUCACAUCUACUACCAAACUGUCUCCUCCUCUUCUCUCCUCCAUGGCAUCUCUCUCUGCGUUCCCUUUUUCGUUUGGCUCCUUCCAUCUGCUGUCCCCCAAUGUGCUGAGCCCCUCUGCACCAACGCAGUCAGGAGCCCUUGGCAAACCAUACAGACCCUGGGGGACUGAGAUCGGAGCCUUCUAAGGACUAACUCUUUAGUAAGGGUGGGGAAGCCUACAAACCUAGCUGAGCUGGGUUACGCCACGCUUAAAAUUGAAGUUCUUAAUAACUGGGACAAAGGUACAGCUUCACCUUAACUAAGUUUGUCUAAAAACUGUCUCUUUGGAUUUUUUUUUUCCUACUUUUUGUAUUAGCAAUUUUUUUUUAAAUAGUUGCUGAAGUUGUCCAAAAAUAAAGUUACAAUAGUGGUUGUUAACACUUGUGUUAGAUCUGUGGUGAGCAUUUAAAUCACUUUUGUAAACAGUUUGUUUCAAAUGUUUCAUUUUUCCUGAGUAAGUCAGACCAUCUUUUUAUGAAGAGAUAUCACCUGUUAGCAAAGGCCUAGCUUAGUUAUUAUUUUUUCAAAAUCACCCUUCUCAGAAUUAACAAUCUGUUUUUUGUUAGUAUUUUGACAUUGAGAUGUUCUAUAAAUAAUUACUCUUUUGUGAACUAUAUUUGAGUCUUAUAUUUCUGAACACAGCGUUGACAAAUCAGAUGGACCAGCAUGACCAGUUUUUAUCUGAGAGCCCAUUUUUUUGUUUCUGCUGCAGUGGUUUGGUGGCUGUACACUCACAGCAGAAAACCUCUACUGCUAUUUCUUCCACUAAAAGGAGCCAUACAUGCUUGAGAGCAAACCCCAGAGUGGAGAGGGUGCAAAAGCCAAAUUAUACACUGUGUUGGUGGUGGAUUUAGUUGCUGGGAAACUGAAGGGAAAAUGAAGUUGUCACCUGCAGUAGUUCUCCAGCUGGAGCCAGUCAUAUGCAUACAAAUGUCAUAGGGCCAGAUUCUGCUGCGAGGUACAGUGGAAUAAUUGUUCUGUUAACAUGUAUUUUUGGGUGACUGAGCUCAGGCUCCUUCCCUGCUGAAGCUUCACAUUUGCACCUGAGAGAAGUGAUGCUGGUAUUUAAAUUGCCAAUGGAAUGGUACUGUGGGAACCCGUUCAGUGAGCAGCCUUGUUACUUAACAGAUGCAUCCUAACUGGUUGAUUUUUCUGUAGUGUUUUCCACUGAUGUGCAGUUCAGUGUCACUCAUUUUGUACAGGUUUUGCUGCAUUCUUGUGUGUGUGAGACUGCGUGAGUGUACACAUGUAUUUGGGUUGAUUUCAUGGGAAUCUUAAUCUGAACAGGUUUAUCUAGUGAGUUCCACUGGACGGGGUUUGACUGCUCUUGUAUUUGUGUUGUGGCUAAAUAAAGA